AUGGCACAUUCCACUCCCCGAGUUUGGUUGAUUACCGGUUCCUCAUCUGGAUUCGGCAGGGCGAUGGUGGAAGAGGUCCUGCGUAAUGGCGAGAUUGCGGUCGCAACUCUGCGCAAGCCUUCCGUCCUCGAUGACCUCGUCGCCAAAUACCCGCACACCCAGCUGCUAGUACUUCCGCUGGACGUGACGAACGAGGCGCAGGUCAAAUCUGUCUUCGUACAAGCUAAGGACGCUUUUGGACACGUUGAUGUCGUGUAUAACAACGCGGGGCAGGUGUUCUAUCAUGAGCUGGAGGGGACACCAAUGGACCGUGCCAGGGCCCUGAUGGAUGUCAAUUUCUGGGGCGCGGUAACGGUAAGCUUCGAGGCAGUGAGAUUCUUUAGAGAGGAGAACCCAGAUGGUGCUGGGGGGAUGCUCGUGCAAGUAUCGAGCUCGGCAGGGACCACCGCGGUCCCGCUGCUCGGGUUCUAUAACUCUACGAAAGCAGCCUUGAAUUCGUUCACCGAGGUCCUGGCACAGGAAGUCCUCCCCGCUUGGAAUAUUCGUAUCGUGAAUGUCCACCCAGGUUGGACGCGCACGCCCAUUGCGUUGAGCGAUAUGCUCGAGCCUCUAGCAGUAUACGCAUCGGAACCAACAGCUGUAACGACAAAGAUGCGUGCCGGGUGGGAUGCAUUCAUCGGGAGCGAUGUAUAUAUUGGCGUCGAAGCUGUGACGAAGCGCAUUUGGUCGGUGAUGCGGAUGGACGAUGAGGACCUGCGCAAGGGUACGCAGGAGGGCAUUCCAGGCCUCGUGAACGUGUAUACGGGCAUGGACUCGCUGGAGCGUGUGUACGCAAAGAUUGGGCGGCUGCAUGGCGAGUUGAUGUGGAGUACCAAGAUUCAUUAUGAGUACUAG